AUGGCCGUUCCUUCAGCUGCCAGGCCGGUCGGCGUGCACCAGCCUCACCUCGGCCACCCACAACAACAACAACAACACGCGCCGGCCCCGGCCCAGCGACCUGUCCAGUCCAUGGCCGCAGGUUACACCCCGAGCACGCGCGAGUUGCAUCCUGGGCCCCGCAACCGUCUAUGGUUGGCACUCCGCUCGGGUGUCGCCGAGGAAGUCGACUGGGCGCUCCCGCGCCUUGUGCUUGCGAGCUUUGAGCGCACCGACGUCUUCAACUUUGAGGCGUGGGUCGACGCCGUCACAGCGCUGCGCGACUGGCCGACCCGCUGGCUCGAGGAGCUCGAGCGUGAGGCCGCCUACGAGGAGAUCAUUAAGAGCCAAGGAGGCGCGUACAAUCAAAAGGCACGCGCUAUUGCUCUCGGCGCCGUCCCGCAGUGGACGCGCGACCCGGCCGUCGAGCAGCGCGCGACCACAUCCCUCCAGAUCCUGCGCAACGCGACCUUUAUGCCGACCAACGCGCACGCGAUGGCCCGCGCGCACUUUGACCAGUUCUUGUUCCGGUUCUUCGACCUGCCCCGCGGAUUCUUGCUCGAGGUCGCGACGCGCUCGCCUGAACCGAUUCAGCACCUCCUCGUCAUUGUGCACAACAUGUACCAGUUCUUGAACUGCAACCCGCAAACGUUCAAGCUGCUCACCGAGGUUCUGCCUUACCUCGCCAUGGACACGCGCGACCUGGGAAUGUUGCUUAUCAUCCUCCCGAUCCUGAUUACGACCUUCAACGUCCAGAUGUUCCCCCCACCGCCUGAAGGGUUCAUCCAGCACAUGCUCUACCUCAUCACAAUCAACCCUCCACCAGCGCUUCUCGAGCUCAUCCUCGAUCUGUUGGCUGCCAUGGCACCGCAGGCGACCUAUGCGCGCACCAUGCUCUGGGACCCUGAUUUCCCCGCACACCUCAAGACGCUCGUCCACUUGCUGCACUACAAGCAGCAGCCGCAAGAGGUCAACAUUGCACCGCCGCACGCAUUCCGUCCAGUCGAGGCCCUCAACCCUGCCAGCGAGGGCGCCAUUGCUCGCCUGGCCAGCAGGCGGCGCGCUGCCGAGCGCGAGCGCGACCAGCAGCGCAUGGAGAUGUUCAACGGACCAGGCGUGUUCCGUGAAGUCGGCGACGCUGCGCCCGCCCUCCCAACAUCGAUCAAAAAGGAGCUCUGGGCCAUGACCGAACCCAAGCGCUCCAUCAACUGGAUGCACGAGACCUUUGUGUACAGCUCGCACUCGCAGCUGUUGCAAGUCACCUUUUGGCACGCGUACCGCGACUUUUUCUCCAACCCUGCCACCGUCGAGCAGCUGCUCAGCGCAUCCGAGGUCAUCAAGAAUGUCCAGGUCGCCUUCCCUGCGGCGCAGGCCAAGCUGUGGGCCGACGAGCGCGGAGAGCGCAAGUUUGUCAUUGCUGGACUUGGUUUCCGCAAUGGCACUGCCGACACGGACCGUUUCGCGUGCGUGUGGGUCGACUGCCCCCAGCGUAUCGGCGCGACCAACCCCGCCGAGCUCUUGGACCACGUCCAAAAGACCCACCUGGGUAUCGCGCCCACAACCUGUGGCUGGGGUUCGUGCCGCAAGGCGCCCUUUAGCGUCAAGCACCUCCUCACCCACCUCCCGCCCGCCGAGGUGCCCAACGUCCCGGAGACACUGCCAGUGUACCAGACCGAGCCGCGCGACAUUCUCCAACAGGCACUCAUCACCAACCGUCCUCCUCCGCUCCUCCCUCUGAACCAGUUGCUCCACUUCACCGUCCAGAUGACCGAGACGGACGCCACGCGCCAGCCCACGGGUGUCGCCUUCCUCGCCGCGCUGACGAUCCGCGGGUUGGCGCGCAACCUCCGCAACGAGAUUGCAGCGGCACGGCCCGAGGAGAUGGGCCUGAGCGACGCGCAGCGGAAAGAGAAGAAGAAGCACCUGGCAGAGGAACGGUUCGGUCUGCCCAUCCCCAUCAACGUGUUGCGCGAGGAAGAGGAAGAAGAGGACGAGGAACGGGGACUGGCCGAGGCGGCCCUUCCCGACAAGGAGCGUGAGCGUGCGCGCGCAGCGUUCCGUGCUGUCGAGGAGAAGGUGCUUGACGUGGUCAACUCGAACGGGGCUGGGCUGGCGCUCUACCUCGGUGACGCCUUUGGCUGGUAA